UCCUGCAGCGUGGCAAUGCAGCCACCUACCACGGGACCGGCAGCCAUGUCCAGCCUUCUCCCCAUCCUCCUCUUCUGCUCCUCCCUCCUCGCCGCAACAACCAACGCCGCCGACCUAUGGUUCACCGACUGCCCGACCAACACGAACUACACGCGCGGCGGCGCGUUCGAGGGCAACCUCGACGCGCUCCUCUCCUCCCUCCCGGCCGCCGCGGUCGCGUCCUACGGGUUCGCCAAGAACGUCACGGGCUCCGCGCCCGGGAGCCAAGCGUACGGUAUCGCGCAGUGCCGCGCCGACCUCAACGCGUCGGACUGCCGCGCGUGCCUCGACGGCUCGGCGCGGGACAUGGCCGCCAGGUGCCCCGGCCAGAAGAGCGCCAUGCUCAUCUACGACGGCUGCCUGCUGCGGCACUCCAACGCGAGCUUCUUCGGCGCCGCCGACGCGUCCGUCAGGGUCGCGAUGUGGAACCCGCAGAACACGACGCAGCCGGAGGAGUUCAGGUCGCUUCUCGGCGAGUUGAUGCGCAACCUCACGGCGAGGGCGGCGUACGCGUCCCCGCGUAUGUUCGCGGCCGGCGAGACCGGCCUCACGCCCUUCGUGAACAUCUACGGCAUGGCGCAGUGCACGCGGGACGUCGCCGCCGACGACUGCAACCUCUGCCUCUCCAGCGCCGUCGCGUUCAUCCCCAACUGCUGCGAGGGGAAGCAGGGCGGCCGGGUCAUCACCCGGACCUGCUCCAUCCGGUUCGAGGUGUACCCGUUCUACAACGCCCAGGCCGCCGAGGCAGCGAUGUCGCCGGCGCCGGCGCCGGCCCCGGGAGGCGGGUCCGUCAACGGCAGCGAUCACUCGGGCCCAGGAAGCAACGGGAGUAAUCGCACGGUCAGGACAAGUCUUCUCGUGUCAAUUCCUGUUGCUGUCGUGCUGCUCGUGCUAAUCGCUGCAUAUCUCUGCAAGAGGAACAGAAAACCACGCGAGCAUGUGCAGGUUGCAAGCACCAGAGGACAUGGAGAUGACGAAGAAAUGGGAACCUCAGAGUCUCUGCUAUAUGAUUUGGGCACGCUACGAGCUGCCACCGGUAACUUCUCAGAAGAAAACAAGCUCGGCGAAGGCGGGUUUGGGCCAGUCUACAAAGGCACGCUGCAAAACGGGCAGUACAUUGCAGUGAAGAGGUUGUCAGCAACUUCGCAGCAAGGGCAGGUGGAAAUGAAGAACGAGGUGGUCCUGGUUGCGAAGCUGCAGCACAGGAACCUGGUGCGCCUGCUCGGCUGCUGCAUCGAGGAGCACGAGAGGCUCCUCGUCUACGAGUUCCUCAGCAAUAACAGCCUCGACAAGAUCCUUUUCGAUCCUGCACGGCAGCAUGAGCUGAGCUGGGGGCAGAGGCACAAGAUCAUCCAGGGGAUCGGCCGAGGGCUCCUGUACCUCCACGAGGACUCGAGGCUGACCAUCAUCCACCGCGAUCUCAAGGCGAGCAACAUCUUGCUGGACGCGGACAUGAACCCCAAGAUCUCCGACUUCGGCCUGGCGAAGCUGUUCAGCAUCGACUCCAGCGUGGGAAACACCAGCCGCAUCGCCGGAACUUACGGGUACAUGGCGCCGGAGUACGCCCUGCACGGCAUCUUCUCGGCGAAAUCCGACGUUUUCAGCUACGGCGUCCUCGUCCUGGAGAUCGUCACCGGCCGGCGCAACACCUUCACCCAGGAUUCAGGGCCUUCUGAAGAUCUGCUUACCUAUGUCUGGAGGCACUGGAGCCGCGGGAGCGUGCGGGAGCUGCUCGACGGCUGCCUUGCCGAGGGGCGGCGGCCGCAGGAGGUCCUGAGGUGCGUCCACGUCGGCCUGCUCUGCGUGCAGGAGGACCCGCAGCUCCGGCCCGGGAUGGCGUCCGUCGUCGUCAUGCUCAACAGCCGCUCCAUCACGCUGCCGGCGCCCACCGUGCCGGCGUACGCGCUCCCCGGCCGUGCGGUCACAGUCGCAGCAGCCAACCGGCGGGGGAGGAGCAGCUUGGAUCGCGAGGGGCCCAUGGUGGCAGUGGCAGCUCGGGAGCCGUCCAUCAACGAAGUUACCGUGUCUGACUUGCAGCCCCGUUGAUGCUAUACACUUGUCGGUAUCAAUCAGCAUAUGGACGGCGACGAUCAAGCAAUGGACGGCAACGAUGCUUUGUGAUUGAUUGUUUUUUUCAUUUUGCGUCUCCUCCUUUUGAAUACCGGCGUAGUAUGCGUUCAUAUCUGUACUGUCGAAGGUGCUUUAUUGGGUGCAGUCAGUCGGAAGUUUUAUUUGGCAUUUUCAGUGUCAAGAUAUACAUAUUUUCAAACGAUCUCAACUUUUAAUUAAAUUUAUAAACAAUAUUCACAUGUAUAACACCGAAUAACUUAUU